AUGCUGUCUCAGCGGCUCUUGACCAGGCGCCUGCCUCAGGUCGCUGCCCGUUACGCCGUCCCCCGCGCCUCUUUCUCACAUGUUCGCUCUCUUGCGGCUGCGGAGGUCAAUGACCCCGAUCCGUUGCAGAACAACAACUACGAGAACCCUCCCCGUGUGAAGCGUGCCUUCAGAGACCCCUAUGGUGGCUGGUGGGAUCAGCAGGAAAAGCGCAACUUCGGCGAGCCGGUCCACGAGGAGAACGAAAUCCUUGGUGUCUUCAGUCCCGAGCAGUAUACCCACGUCACCGCUCGCCGGGGCUUCUUCCACCUGGGAGUUUUUGUCGCAACCUUCUUGGGCUUCUGCGGCGUUGUGAGCUUCUACUAUCCAGACAAGCCCAGCGCUCCCCGAACAUUCCCCGACGGUCUGGAAAAGGAGCUUGGCGGACCCUAUGCCGCUCCGGCUCGCAAGUCCGGUGAGGAAUCUUGGUAA